UGCUCAGAUUCCCCUUUGUGUUGUACUUGCUUUCGCCGGUGGUGUGCUGUCGCCCUGGUGCAGGUUAGCAGCCUCUCUUUCCUGGCAUGCUACCUUGUGUGGAUUUCUAACAGAGAAGUUUUGGAAUUACAGGGCUGUCGAAUCCCUCGAGGAAAACACAGAAGCUGCGUCCAGAGUUUCCGCCUCGUAGAGCAGUGAUGGAUUCAACUGAGAAGUUCUACAUUUUCUGGGCAUUUCGAUCCUGCGAAGAAGAUGCAGAAUCUGAACUCGGAGGUUUCUCCUCACAGAGCUGGUGACUGACAUUGUUGGGUGCUGUUCGUUGGAGGCGUUACCUGGAUCAUCUGAUAUUGUCACUUUGCAAUGAUGAGAACACGUUUAGAGGGAUGGAGCCACUUCUCUUACAGAUCCUUCGAAUUGGUUUCUAUGAAAUUCUCAAUCUGGAUAUGCCACCAUAUGCUGUUGUGGAUGAGGCGAGAAUGUAAGGCUUGCAAAGGUAGCACUCAGGCCUGGUACGGGUAACAUGUUGAAUGGAAUUCUAUGGAAGCUACUUUUACGCAAGGAAAAAAAACUCACUUCCACUACCCAAACUGGAAGGCGAUGAACGUACAAAAGCACUCUCUCUGGCAACUAUUUAUUCACAUCUGGUGGUUCCUCAUCAACCAUCCUUGCAUAUGGAUGAUUUUGUCCGCAACAAAACCGGCAUGCAGGGCUUUCAAAUCCCCCGAGGAAAACACAGAAGCUGCGUCCGAGUUUCUGCCUCGUAGAGCAGGGCAUUUUGAUCCUGCGAGGAAGAUGCAGAAUCUGAACUCGGAGGUUUCUCCUCACAGAGCUGGUAAAUGCAAUCCUCUUCUUCUUAGCUCAGUUCUCAGUUGGUUUUGGUUUCUGUAAUUCUGUCCCACCUGCACAUGUUAUGUCCCAUUAUGUGAUUUUGCUAACUUGCGCCCCUGAAGAUCUCAGCCAGAACUUUGUGAGAGAGAGGUUAAUUCCAGUUCAUUGUGUGAUGAACCAGUCUUGUUGCAUUGCCACUCUACACAGCCGGCGGUAUACCUGGUCAAUCCCCACUGUCUAUCAAGUGGGCCUUACUGUAUAUCGUCCACAGUAAAGAAAUGCAGUGCCCCUAAUCCCUAUCUGUUUCAACUUUGCCCAUCAAAUGGAGAGUGAAAAUAGAAGAAAAUGGUCAGUCGUUUACAUUCAAGUGGGAAACAUCCAUGAAUCAGGAGGCUAGAAUCAAGGUGUCAAAAAACGGUUGCGUAAUAGCCACUGUGGCUAUUACGUAAUGGUUCCCAUGAAUCAGGAGGCUAGAAUCAAGGUGUCAAAAAAACAGUUGCGUAAUAGCCACUGCGGCUUUUACGUAAUGGUAAUGAUGGGGACUGUUACGUGUUAUGGGGCCAUGAUGGUACGUAUCAUAAUGGCAAUAAUGGUGGCCGUUACAGUCACCGUUCCGUUAUUGAAUACUUUGGCUAUAAUUGUCCAAUUGUUGUGGUUUUUGUGGGCUAGACCAUCUGCAGUAGGGCCAACCAGACAGAUGUUUCCGGUCAGCAGCACAUAUGGUGGUGAGUGGCAAUGAAUACUGUAUGUUCCGUUGGGAUUAACCAAAAAACUAUUUGUUCUGGAAAAUGUGGGCAGAACUAGUCAAGCAGAUUUGUUCAUUUGGUGCUGGAAGUCAACUGUUAUAUGAUAGAAUUUUUCUUCAUUGUGUUAUUUGGAUUUUCAUUCAAUUUUUUUUCCCAAAAUGUUUUUAUUACUAUCAUUUCUGCGGUGAGAUUGUUGCGGAUAGAUUAAGGUGGUGCUUUCGCUGACCUUUUAAAUGACGAAGGAAAAAAUUCUAGUGAGAACGAGAUGUGUUACGCGGAAAGAACUCUUGGGUUUCACACACGUGCUUUGGAUGAUAGAGAUAUCAGAUUGGUAUCAUUUCCUAUAUUUUUCCCUUUUUGCUUUGAUUUGUUUAUAAGGUAUUCUUUGAUGUCUUCGACCAAAUUUUUUUAUUAAAAGAAUAUCCUUGCAUGUGUAAAUACAUUGGGUUAAAUGUUUGAUUGGGUUGGCAGUUUUUCAAACAUAGGAAAUUAUUUGCAAUUAUGUGUUCAUUUUGGCAUGUAUGCGUAAAUGCAUCUAACGUUUGUAUAUUUGAAAAUAAAAACAUUAAUAUUCAUGUGUAAGAGUACAAAAGUUAUGGUGUUUAUGCAAAAGAGUGCAUGUCUUGUUGGGGGACUU